AUGUCUAGUUUAACAGAACUUUUUAAGCAAUAUGUUAAUAUUAUCGAAGAGAGUCAACAGAAUAUUACUUCGGUGAAAAAAUCUCAAGAGGAAGUCUCUAAGGAUGAUUAUAUAGUGGACAAAAGCAGUUUCAAGCAUUUAAAAGAUUCCUUUUUGACUGAAUGUUCUGAUUUAAUGAAGUAUUUAAGAGAAUUGAGGAAAGUAUUAGCAACGCUUGAACCGCAAUACAAUGCUGAUUCAAAAAUGUCAGAGAUGGAUAAAGAUGAUUUCGAUACAGAAUUUAGGUUACAAUUACAACAGUACGUCUCAAAAUUUAAACAUUUACAAAAAUAUGAGAAUGAGAGACAACAACUGAUUGAAACUCAAAUUAUAGCGAACAAAAAUUCUUUCCUUAACUUCUUGAAUGGUACAAAUCCAGAAACUAUCGAAUUACAUUAUAAAUCAGUUAACGAGUUCAGAUUAGGUGUUUUACGAUCUUUAUCGAUAUGGUUGAAUAAAAUUUCGAAUCAAUUCACAAAUUUGCAACAAGAGAGGAUAGCUUUUCAAAGGAAAUUCGAAGCUUUAGAUCUAAAUUCUGAUUUCAACAUUACACCACCUUCGUUCGAGGUAGAACCACCUGUUUUAUUAUCUGUUUCUCAAAGUCAACCUCAAGAAAGUGUUCAAGAUGAAAUUAAACAUUAUAACGAAGCUAUGUCAAAAUUAUCACAGGAACAAAUACAAUUGUUGGAGACGGAGCAUGAAGAACUGUUGAAUAUGAAGAAUGAUCAAUUGAAGAAAGUUGAAAAUAUUAAUAAGACAAUUAUGGAAGUCGUCAGUUUACAAAAUGAAUUAGCUUCACAUCUAAGUGUACAAUCUCAGAACAUUAAUAAUAUGAUGGAUAAUCAAGAUGAUAUUGAAGUAAACAUUAAACAAGGUAAUAAACAACUAACAAAAGCACAAAAGAAAGCAGGAAAAGCUGCAAAACUAACAACAUAUAGUGCUAUAUUUAUAGGUAUACUACUUCUAUUGCUAGACUAUAUAAGCUGA